CUCUCUCUCUUUAUUAAUACAGGAUUAUAUUUAUUCUCAAUCCCAAACUCACACACACACGGAGUAGAAGCCCUGCCUGAAGAGGAUAAACUGUGUGCAGUCUGAGGGGAGUCUGAGGAGUUUCAAUCUAUAUUUAAUGUCACCAUCCCAGAGUGGCCUGCUUCUAAGAAGGCUGCAAACAAACAGGGGGAUUUCUGAAUGAAAACAUAUACUGCAGUGUUGUAAACCCAGUAAACGAUGUUUCCUUGGUCUGCAGUUUUCUCCUCUGAGGCCAAAGUGCCAGGCCAGCGCAGCUCGGAGGAGUUGGUGACCAACACUCUGAUGUUGGAGUUGGGGGCCAUGGUGAAGCGCACUGAACGCAUCCGUUUGGAGCGGCUGACAGAGGGUCGACGUCGCAGCUCCUCCUCUGCAGCCAACUACAGCUGGCUUGCCUCCGCCCCAACUCCGCAGCCCUACGAGCUGACCCCAAACAACCUGCUGGAGUUGCAGGACCUCUGUGCCAAGAUACCUCCUGCACAGUGUGGCCCUCUGAUCAUCAGGUUCAGGCUGCUUGUAUCUCAGAUCGAGCCUGAAGUUCACGAAGUUCCCCGGCUGUUUCGCUCAGUGCUGCAUGAGUGCAUGGACCAAGUGAACAGAGCUGAAGACGUGCAGACUCAGAGCGGUGUCUUUCUGAAGCAGCAGCGCAGCAAGAGCCUCUCUUUUGAUACUUUCUGCAGCAAGUUCAGUACAGGGCAGCUUUUCAAGGGCAGCGGCAUGCGAGGCUCCAGGGGCAAUCUGCAACAGCAGGUGGAUUGGUACGAGGAGGAGGAGGAAGAUGAAGAUGGGGAGGCAGAGGCCAUCAAGGCCAGGGCGAGGAAGGGAAGGAGCAAGAGCAUGCCAGAGAUCAGCCCUCUGGAGCAGAGUGCACAGGGGUGAGGGAGUCAAAGGAGAGACAACUCAUCGUGGCUAUGGCUGGCUGUAUUCGGCUGUACUUUGCACAUUGUUGAUUUAAGCUCAAUGCUAAUGUCUGCAUGCUAACAAGCUGAUGUUAAGCAGGGAUAAUAUUGACCAUGUUUACCCUCUUAGAUUAGUGUGCUAACAUUUGCUAAUUAGCACUAAACCCAAAGUACAGUUUGGGCUGAUGGGUAUUAAUGGUUUAACAUAAACAUACCAAAGUAUUUUAAUUAGUAAAGCACUUAAUGAAAAGUCAAAUAAAAGUGAUUAGAAUAAGGGGAACAUGUGAUCCUCCCACAACCUUCUGUUGGGACUACAGAAAAUCUCAGAGGAUCAUCAAAGUCAUUAGGAUUCUUUGUCUGGGGACCAUGAAUACAGAAUCCUCAUGUUUUGGGUUAAAGAUAUAAAUAGACCAAGAUCUACACCAAUAGUAUGGCUGAAACACUCAAAUGUGCUGCAUGGUUGUUUGUUGAGUGAAAUAUUUAGCUUUUCAUGCAUUUAUCCUUUAAGGUUCUUUUUAUACGAACAGCUGCUGCAGGAGCUCCUAAUGAAUCAGACAAACCUAAUGAACUUUAAAUACAUGUUGUGCAACCAACAGCAAAUCUGUUUUGCACCCGUCUGCGUAUCUAAAAGUCACAGUUGCUCUUUGUCCAUAAAUGCUGCUGUCAGGUCUGUAUUUGUAUUUAUUCUUAUUUAUUUGUUACUUUCUGUAUUUGUCUGGUUAUCAUUUGUAUCCUUGUUUUGCUGCAACAACUCAAUGUGCUUUUGGGCCAUCUCAUAGUAUAGAAUCAAGCAAAGGAAACACCUUAUGUCAUCUCUAUUUUAUUUUGUGAAUGUAUAUUUGUAAAUAUAGAUAUAUGUUAUCCUAACUUCUGAGGUUUAUUCCAUAAAGCUUUCUGCUUUCUGUUUGAAUGUAGAUACAUUUCAGACUUAAUGUGAGUCUUGUUUUCCCACCCUAUUUAUACAUGUUAAGUAUACUUUUUUUUUUAAAUAGUCGCCAUGAAGCUUUUCCUAACAAGUUAAAUGGUCAUUCAUCACUUAAUUGUAGUGGAAAAGCCUGUAUUUGUCUCAAAAUAAAUAAAAAUGCAAUGUG